AUGGCAGCACGUGCAGAACAAUACCAGUUGGCGCUUGAACGCACAUCGGAUGUCAUUCGUUCAUUUGACGGACAUGUUUCAGAAGAGCUACUACUUUGCCUAUGUGGGCUCUCAACCUAUUCCGGUGACAUUGCGCCGGCUGUUGCUCAACCUCACCCAAUAUCUCCACUUGCCACUGCUCAAAGCAUCCAUAUGUUCGGCAACAUCAAACUUAUCCCUGAGCACCUGCGGGUAUUGAGGUAUCUGACUAAUUUAAAGGGCGGCCUCCAAGCCGUGUUUGAAUAUGGAAACAUGGACAACAUCGAAAUGGUUGAUCUAUUUGCCGCGUCGCGCACGGACGACAAACCUGCACUUAGGUGGGUACGUGGUCCGUCGAAAUUGUACACUCCUGUACAAACCGACCUCGAGCCUAGCCAAACACUAGGGCAUAGGCUGCGUAUCAUCUCGGAGGUAGACGACGACCUGCAUGGUCUGUUCGUCUUGGCUUUCAAGGCGACACGGGCCCUCGAGUACUACACUCCCGGCUCAACCGACUUGAGACUUUUCCGCAGUCUAGUCAUUGCACGCAAUGAAACCCAACAUGGUCUUUUGAGUCUCAAGAGACUCUCCGAUACGGAUGGUUUGACAGAGCGGGGCAUCCUGUUCGAGGUGUGCCGGCUGUCAGGCCUCAUAUAUAACGAUCUCGUUCUUUAUCCAUUACCCUACAGCACCGGAGUAAAGCCGAGACUAGCCCGACAGUUGUAUGAGGUCCUUCAAACAUCACACAUGGGCGACCUCUGGAACUCGGAUUUCCAUGAGUUACUCAUCUGGGCAUGUUUCAUGGGAGAGAUUGCCGCACGUAGAACCAAAAACCACGGAUGGUUCGUGACAACGCUGCUCGAGAUAACGAGUAUCAAAACCCUAGAUAAAGAAGGCUUUAUCGACUUGAUGCAGAGUUUCUUGUGGUGGGACUACGUCUGCCUUCCUCCUGCGUUGUUUCUCUGGGAACACUUGCAAGAGGCAAGGAAGCGGACCGAAUUCCGAUGGACUAAAUCAGGGAAGCGCGUCCGAAACACAGAUAAAAUCAGCAGCUUCUUAGGCACAUUUUAG